CCUGUAGGCAGAGGGAUGAGCGCAGACAAAGCUGGGUGGGGACUCGCCGCUCCGGGCUGCCGCUGACCACCCCUCCUCCUGCCUCCCGCCCGCAGCCCCCCCUCCAUCCCUCCAUCCCUCCAUCCCUCCAUCCCUCCUUCCACCCCUCCUUCCAUCCCUCCGUCCGUCCGUCUGUCCGCCGCCCCCCGGGGAGCCGGGGCAGCUCCGGCCGCCUGCAGACUCCUUCCUUGCUGUUUCUCCCUCUCUGGCUUCUCGCUCAGCCACUCCGUGCGGUCGCAGCGGGUGCUGGGAGCAAGGAGGUGUCGGACGCCCGAGAGGAGCAGCCGUUCCCCUAGGGACACCCGUCACCGGCGAGCCCUGCCUCUGGGCCGCGAGCAGCUCUGCGCCGAGCCCCCGCUUCCCCCCGUGCGCCCGGCGUGCCGAUGGCCAGCAACAACACCGCUAGCAUAGCGCAGGCACGCAAGCUGGUGGAGCAGCUGAAGAUGGAGGCCAACAUCGACAGGAUAAAGGUGUCGAAGGCGGCAGCAGACCUGAUGGCGUACUGCGAAGCCCACGCCAAGGAGGACCCCCUAUUGACCCCCGUCCCGGCCUCAGAAAACCCCUUUAGAGAGAAGAAGUUCUUCUGCGUGAUCCUGUAAACCCUCAAGGAGCCUGACCGGCACUCGGGCCACCCUGAACACUGACGUAGAGUUUUUAGGAACGGGGGACGACCUGCUAGUCCACAGAAUUUAAACAAAAAUAAGUAAAAAUACACGGCCUGGAAGCUACAGGGAUGUGCAUGUUUAAAGAACCCGGCCGCCCUUGGGGGAAUAAGGUGAUCCGCAUUGCGAGGCAAAAGAUCUGAAGUCUGUAGAGUUGCCUAGAAAGAAAAAAAAAAAAAAAAAAAAAUUGGAAAAAAAAAAUAUUAAUGUAAAGAAUAAAUCCGUGUCACUUUUCUGC